GUUCCGUAGUCUCGCUGAAACUACGUCCGGCGCCGGUCGGCUGAUGUCUGCAGAGCCCGCUAUAUACGCGUGAGUUCGAAGACCCGCUCGCACUUCCUCUCGCAUCAGGAUAUCUAAACUUGUACUUUGUGUUCGCAAACACGCGCGAGCCCGCGCGGGGAUUUCUUGACGCGUCUUCCGAGAAUUUCACCAAAACAUACCGAGAGAGAGAGAGAGGCGAGAACUGAGGCUGUGGACGCGGAGGCGUCAGCUCUGUUCGAGCCGCAGCACGUGUGCAUACACGCGGUAAUACGAGAGAGUGCAUUAUAGUCGGGAUGAUAGUUCGCAGGCCAUCGCGCGUAUAUAGUUUAUUAGGUGUAUGUACAGUGCGCGGAUAACGCGGCGAAAAGAAAAACAAUAGAAUCGAGCGACGCUGCUCGCGUUAUAUCGCGGAGUAAACGCAGAGACUGCAUAUAGGCGAAAAAAAUUGGCUCGAGCUAGGAGCCAAGUGCAUCUGUCUCGACGAUAAAGGAUGCAGCCAAGCGGCGAUAUUAUUGUUAUUGCUGCCGUCGUUCCCUCUGUUAUUAGCGCAGCCACGUACCGCAGUGCCAACUGCUGCAGGCUGCCGCAGUGAUUCGUCCUCGGUCCUGUCGCCGGAGGUGGCCGCGCUGAUGAUAUGGCGUUUCCGUGUUUGCGAAAAAACAAGGACGACUGCUACUGCAACUUAAUCUUCUUCGCCCGGACGACCGGCGCUGCCUGCAGCGGCGGCCGAUGACCAGCUGCCUUGGAGACACUUCGCGGAAGGGACUGUAUGUACUUCUAGGUAUUCCGAAGCUCGGGGGACUGCGGUUAAAGCUUGAAUUGCACGACUACUGGCCUGCGGUUAUAUCUCUGUUAUCGAAGAUUUUUCGGGAAACUCAGUGGCGAGAUGUUGCAGGAUAACGAGCUAACUUUUCACAGAGGCGGAUGGCAGCGAUGUAUUCUCAUGGGUAUAUUUAUACUCGGCCGAGCGAGUUGCGCAAAUAAAGGAGCCCUGGUAGAAAAUUUGCCCCACAUCUGCGCAGAAUCUGGCGAAUUUUAUGCUGGGUGGCCAGAACAUCUUGGAGAAUCUGGGCAAAAUCUACUCCCAGUGGCGACGGUACUCGGCCAGAAUCUGGUGGCGAGCAAAAUAAUAGAGGAUGGCGACUACAACAGUCCGAGCAUUCAGGAAAAAAUCCUUCAGGAACAGGCGCAGGAAUGUAAAAACGGCACGAGCGUCAAGCCCGGCUGGUGUCCGACAUCGUGGGACGGCAUCAUAUGCUGGCCGUCGACGCCACCCGGCGAGGUGGCCGUUCUGUCCUGCCCUCACUACAUCGCCGGAUUCGAUUUGCAGGGUAACGCGACGAAGCAGUGCAUGGGAAGCGGCCAGUGGUACUGGAGCGCCGAGCAGAACAACUCCUGGACCAACUACACGCGGUGCUUCCGAGACGAGCUCGUCACCGUCAUCAUGGAACUGGCGGACGUUCAGUCGGACAACGUUACUUCUAUCGGGAAGUAUCUGGAGACGAUAAAGUGCAUCUCGAAAGCCGGAUACGCCGUGUCGUUAUCAGCCCUCGUCGUGGCCUUUUGCAUCCUCGCCAGCAUCAAAAAACUCCGCUGCCAGCGCAACAUCCUGCACAUGCACCUGUUCGCCUCCUUCAUGGUGCGGGCGUUCACGUUCCUGCUGAAGAACCUGCUCUUCGUCGCCGGAGUCGGUCUCUCGACGGACGUGCUGAUCAAGAACGGCGAGAGCUACUGGCUCACCGACAAGUACGAGAGCAACUGGCACUGCAAGGCCUUCACCAGCAUCUGGCAGUACUGCAUCCUGGCCAAUUACUCCUGGAUCCUCAUGGAAGGACUCUACCUCCACAACCUCAUAUUUUGCGCCCUCUUUGCCGACUCCAACGCCAGCAUAGCUGUCUACGUCGUGCUCGGAUGGGGUCUGCCCGCCGUCUUCGUCACGACGUGGGUGAUCUUGCGAGCGGUAUUCGAGGACCUCUACUGCUGGACGACGCACGAGAACGCCUGGAUUUUUCAAAUCAUUCGAUUGCCCACUACGUUUUCCGUCGUCAUCAACUUCAUACUCUUCGUGAACAUAGUGAGGGUCCUGAUGUCCAAGCUCAAGUCGACGGUGUCGGAGGAUACCAUGCGAUACAAGCGAUGGGCCAGGAGUACACUGGUGUUGGUGCCGCUGUUUGGCGUUCACUACUCCAUCUUCCUCGGCAUGUCCUACAGCAUGGGAGUCAACGAGACCGUCGAGAUUGUCUGGCUGUUUUGCGAUCAAUUGUUCGCCUCCUUUCAGGGAUUCUUCGUAGCCGUCCUCUACUGCUUCCUCAACGGCGAGGUACGAGCGGAGGUCUCUCGUGCCCUGCGAGCCCGGACGUGGCCCCGUCUGCCUCGUUUCUGCCGGUUCGGCGCUCGUCCCUCGACGCACUCGGGCAGCACCUGCAGUUGCAACACGACGACGGGACACAAGAGUCCCCACGACGGCUGUUUCUGCUGGCCCUGCUGCCGACGCAUUUGCGUCGCCUAUAGACACUCGGCCGCGCGGCACCACAGAUCCACCCACUCGAUGGCGAGUACUCAAGCUGCAAUGGAAUUCGUCAGCAUCAAGGAUAUUGGGAUCGGGACGAGGGGCGGCAGUCUAGCCAGUAGCCGAGGUUAUCUCGAGGUCGCCGGAACCGGAAACAGCCCGGCCUCAGGCGGAGGAGGACAAGGCGGUGUCACUGGAGGAGUCAAUCCCCAGCAUCUGCUGCUGCAGCAAAGCAGUCCUUCCGCGGCCAUCAUGGCUGCUAUGGCCAAUCACAAGAACAUGGAUCAGAGCCUUCUGUCGUUUUGCUCUAAUAUGUCGGAGAUGGACACUGCAACGGUCGGCAUCACCAGUUCACUGGACAAGUGCGACAACCACCACAGCAGCAUCCACGGAGCGGAUCAGGGCUGGUCAGACUCCGAAUGCUGUCAUCUGGCCUACGAGCUACAUCAUCUGCACCAGCAGGGCGAUCCAUGAAGGUCACUUCUCAGCUUGCGCCGCAAGUGCUGCAGCGAAAAGAGAAACACUGACCUCUCCGACGACGAUGACGACGAAGACGAUAGUACCUGAUAACAACGACGAUGAUGAUGAUCGUUCGAACGCGAGAACGUUCUAAUCAGCUACCUCACGGACUUGGUGCGAUGCUGCGGCUGGUCUCAGCGAACGAUAUUACUGUGUACAUAAACAUUGCACGAAGUACAAGCGGAGGUAGAGCCGCCUAUGUAUAGGUGUAUUAGAAUUCAGAAUGAGAGAAUCGUUUAUAUGCUUCUUUAGUCGGGUUACACGCACGGUAUGGAGUAAACUUCGAAUUGACUCUGCACUGACAGAGGGAGUUUGUGAUUCGCAUGUAGGGGUGAGUGUUGAGUUAUGGGAUGGUUAUAUUAUAUAGCGUGAGAUUUUACGUAGCUUUUACACGACGAUCGUGACGGGUGUGCACGUAGUUUGUAAGCGUCCAAAUUUUACAUUUUAACGAAUACCCGCGCGGGUUCUAUCUUUAUCAUCGCGUACACUGCAACGCAGCUGUCGGCGAAACAGAGGCUUUUAAUAACGAGCGUAGGAUUUUUUACGAAUUCUAUUAUCAUAUAGCGUUAGUUGUUAUAAAACAUUGCCAGUAUCUGCUUUAUCGACUCCCUAUGGCUUAUAAUUUGUUAAUUAUAAGUCUAAUUUAUACCGCGCUCGCAUUAGCGAGAUGACGCUUUCACAGCAUUAUACCUUAUGUGUACUUUAAUUGCGCGGGAGAUGAGCGAGCCUGAUCGAUGUAGAAUCUAGCGUUAACUUGACUGUUGUUGGCCUCUGUAUGCUCAUCAUUUUUUUCUUGAAAAAGGAAAACGAAUUUUCUAUACCAUUCUCGUAGCUAAGAGUGCUGGGAAAAUGUAAAAAUGUAUAAAAAUUAAUAACAAUAUGUACGAAUGCAGUUACGCAACGCGUGACGCGAAAGAUUUAUUUUAAUUGAACCUACUUAAGUCUGAUCUCACAUCGACCUUAAAAUGGUGUGAGAUGUGAUGAAAUUUGCCUUUUACCUAUUUUUAUACGCGAUUUAAUAUGACGACCGUACGAAAAAUUCAUAUCUGAAUUAAAACUUAUUUUCAUAUCACGAUAAACUUGUUAUUAUUGUAUAACGUAAAGUGUAUAACGAAUCCGUCAUUGCGAUACAGUUGUUCAAUUACACCUGUAGUAGGGAUGAGAAGCCAAUUGAUUUUUAAUUUUCAGGGUGCCAAUAAUAGUUGUUUUUAAAAGGUCAAUGACUGUACCUGUUACAGGACAAUUUAUGUGCAAUCUUGUAAAUCGGUCUUACAGUCAAUAAAUAUCAAAAUAUAUUCAUCUAUAUUUAUAAAUUGUUGAUUUUCAACAUCGAAUGUUUAUUAAUGUCAAUUAACUACGAUAAACUUCACAACAAGCGGACAUAUUAUACAGAAAACGAAAUGAUCAAAGUAUAAUUAUUAUAAAUUCUAAAGAUUUGUAAAAAUGGUUUUUUAUUAUAUCUAGCAAUGCGAUUGUAAGACCAAUUACUCUAUACAAAAAUGAGCUGAUUUUAAUUUAUACAAAUUAUGAAAUGCAUGUUGCAUUUUAUCAUCAAAGCUCUCUAUGUAAUGAUUGUGAAAAGUCAAAUUGUAAGCAGUAUAAGUGUUGAAAUGUACGUUCAAUAUUGUCAAAUCAAAAGAAAUUUACAUGUCUAAGAGACAAAUAAACAUGUUUAUCCUAUA